AUGUCAGAGAAUAAUCCCGAUGGAGGUCAGAGUGAUGAUGUUUUCUUGCUAGAGGAUAAACUAUCCAAAAUCAGAAAUCAGAUCAACUCCAAACUUGACAAUCAAAAGCAUUUAGCGAUUAUUUUAUCAGCGGUUGAGGAGAAUAUCGAUGAACAAAAGAAUGAAAAGACACCGGUGGCAUACUUUGUCUCGUUUUUGUCAUUGCUUGACCAGUGUAUCCAGAAUGAUCAAAUAGUUGACAAGAACUUGGCUGCGACCACUGCCUAUUUUCUCGAUAUUAUAUUUCCAUUUACACCGAAACCAUUAUUGAAACAAAAAUUUAUUGAGAUUUUACUCAAGUUGUCACAACCAUUGAAUGUUGAAGCAGAGGCUCCGCUUGUGAGGUCGACUAUUGGGGCUAUCGAAAGCUUGCUUUUAGCUCAAGAUAGUGCUCGGUGGUUGACAAAGGGGGCCAUUUCACCAAAUAGGGCGUUUAUGGCACUUAUUGAAUUAUCAUUUGAUCCAAGACCCAAAGUGAGAAGAAGAGCUCAAGAUGCAGUAAGGAAUAUAUUGACCAACCCGCCACCAAGUCCAAGUCCAAUACAUGUUGCCGCUGUGGGCGCCUCUGAUGCCUCCUUGAAACAGCUCAUUAUACUUUUAUCAAAAUAUAGACAGCAGAGAAAGAAUAAUGCCAAUAAGGAACUCAAUUCACAAAUUAUUCAUUGUUUGCAACUUAUAACGAUUAUAACCUCGGCCAAUUCCUGGCCAGUAAAGAAUAUUGAAAGUUUAUGUGAUUCGCUUUUGGAAAUCUCGAAAACUUCGGAUCAAUUCUUGGUUGCUGCAGCUUUUGAAGCAUUUGAAGGAUUAUUCAAGUCAAUGACUGAUGUGAUUGAUGUUGAGAAGUUUACCAAGGUGUUGAAUAUCAUAUUUGAUUUGAAACCUAAUGUUAAUGAUGCACAUUUGAGUAUUUCUUGGUUGACUGUUGUUGCAAAAGCUUUGGAGAGCUUUAGUGUUUUAUCACCGUUUGAAUGUAUACAAAAGUUACCUCAAGUUUUGCCUGCAGUUAGCGAGUUUUUAGGCGCUGAUUCUCAAAAUAUUUACUCGAGCGCGGCUCACUGUUUGACAGCAAUUAUUUCACAAACCAUUCCUGAAAAGUAUCUUUUGCGUCCAGACAGUGAAUUUGGAAUUACCCCGCAGAUUUACGAGUCCGUUGAUGAGACAAUCACUCUGAUUGCGGAGCUUAUUGAAAAAGAACUACUUUCGAUAAAGUAUCAACACGCUACUGGCGAAAUUCUAAAAUUUGUUGCUGUCACCGUUAAAAAACUUCACUCUCGAGCUAACCCUGAUUUCCUAAAUAUUUUGGAAAUUGUUGGUAAUUGGAGAACAAAUGAGACUGAUAAUUUCCCUCAUAACAAGGAAGCUGAAGAAUUUAUUGCUGCAUGUGUUUCAUCCAUGGGACCAGAAGCUGUUUUGGGUGUUUUGCCAUUAAACUUGACCAAUGAAGGAAAUGGACCUGGUAGAGCCUGGAUGUUGCCUAUACUUAGAGACAAUAUCCAUUCUGCUGAAUUGGAAUAUUUCAAGAGGGAAAUUUUGCCAAUUGUUGAUUUCUUUGAAGCAAAGAUUGGAGCUUCUGGUAACAAAGAGUCAAUGAAUGCAAAAGUUUUCCAAACAAUUAUUGAUCAAGUUUGGUCAUUGUUGCCGCGUUUUUGUGACUUGCCCAAGGACCUUAGGCUCGCAUUUGAUGAGAGUUUUGCAACAAAAUUAUCUGAUUUGAUGUUUGCCAAUGUUGACUUAAGAACACCGAUUUGUCAUGCUUGGAGGUUGCUUGUUCAAACCAAUAUCGCUUAUCGUGAUGGAGGGGAAAGUGAAGAUUUAUUGUUGCAACAAGAUUUCCCUAGAUUUGAGGCUACCAAAAGCAUUGAAUAUCUUAGCUCGAUGGCAUCCAAUAUUUUGACAGUUUUGUUCAAUGUAUUUACAUACACUAUGCCCGAGUCGAGAGGCUUUGUUUUGGAGACUAUUGAAGCGUAUUUGCAAAUUGUGCCCCCUCAAGAAUUAGCUGCAACGUUCGAUAAAGUUUGUGCCAUGUUGAAGAAUGCUUUGGAUGAAGAGGAGGCGCAAAAAGCCAAAACCAAUGAUUCCAUUCCCGAUACCAGUGUCACUAUGAUGGAUUUAAUUGUUGCUAUGGCAAAGUACGUGCCUGAAACAUCACACAAUGCCCUUUUCUCCAUAUUUGUCACGACUGUACCAUUAGAAGCAAAGCCAUUGCUUCAAAAGAGAUCCUAUCGAAUAAUUUCAAAAUUGUGUGAGUCAGAAAAGGGCAAGUUGUCAAUUUCAAAAUACAUUGGAGAAGUUGAGAACAAGAUAAUUGAGACAACUGAAGUGACUAAUCAAGCAGCAAGACCAGCACGAUUAAGUGCAAUCUUGUUGAUUUUGGAGAUUCUUCCAUCUUCAGACUUGUACUUUAUUCCAUCCAUCUUGCAAGAGAUUAUUAUUGCUACAAAAGACGUCAAUGAAAGAUCAAGAGGCUUAUCGUAUCAGAUAUUGAUCAAGAUGGGUCACAAAAUGGGUGAAGGUGGGUUGAUUGAUAAUGCAAGAGUUCCUGGAUUUGAUCCUUCCGCAGCGCCAUCAGAAGCCUCACUAACUGAAUAUUUCACAAUGGUAAGUGCUGGUUUAGCAGCUCAAAGUGCCCAUAUGAUUUCUGCAACAAUAACAGCUAUUUCAUGCUUAGUGUUUGAAUUCAAAGAUCAAUUGCCUUCGGAAACCCUUUUCGAAAUUUCAUCAACGGUUGAGUUGUUUUUGACUCACAAUUCUAGGGAGAUUGCUAAAUCUGCAAUUGGAUUCGUCAAAGUAGAAAUCUUGUCGUUGCCAGAGGAGAUGGUGAGAAACAAUUUGAGUGAGUUAUUGAGCAAAUUGAUGAAAUGGUCGCAUGAACACAAGGGCCAUUUCAAAAGUAAAGUUAAACAUAUCAUCGAAAGACUUAUAAGAAAGUUUGGAGUAGAGGAAGUUGAAAAUGCCAUACCUGAGGAGGACAAAAAGUUGGUUGCCAACAUCAAAAAGACUAGAAACAGAGCCAAAAGAAAGCAAGAGAUUAGCCCUGAGUUGCAAGCAGCUGCCAACCCAUCAUCCAGCACCAAAAAAUUCGUCUCUGCUUACGAAGAAGCACUUUAUGAUUCCGAUGUGUCAGAUGAAGAAGAAGUGGAUAUUUAUGACGAGGAUGCCCAAAGGGCCAAAAAGGGAAAGAAAUCCAAUCAAUUUAUCUUGGAAACGGGAGAUGAACCACUCAACUUGUUGGAUCGUCAAUCUUUGGCGCAUAUUUCAUCCUCCAAACCAAAGAAACUUACCAAAUCGGAACUUAGAUCAAAGACUGAUGAAUUCAAAACCAAGAAUGGAAAAUUGGUUUUCACCGAAGGUAGUGGCGACAAUGAAGAUCCAUUUGCCAACAAAGGUUCCGGUAUAGAUGCAUACUUGGAUGCAGUCAAGCAAGCACCAGUAAGGGGUCAAAAGAAUAAAUUAAAGUUUAAAAAGACAAAAGGUGAUGAUGAUGGUGAGACUUGGUCAGAUGACGAAGAGGAAAAUAAAAAGCCGGUGACAAAGAAAUCAAAGGUUCUUGGAAAGUCAAAGAUAUCAAAGCCGAGUAAACAAAGAUUCAAAGCUCAUAAGAAGCUCUAG